CAGCUAGCCAACUUGUCUACUCAUAGAAAUAUGGAUGAAAUAAUGGUACAAGUCAACGGCUGUCAGACUGACCCCCGCUGCAUGGGCCCAUAAACAUGUCCACAGAUGACAGUAUCUCUGAGGAUGUGUCCAGCUCGGGGGCUUUGAGCCAUUGCCAUGUCAGUGCUGAUGGGGAUGGGGGUAAGGAGAGUGAGACCUCUUUGGUGUCCUCUGAGGGGACAUCAGCCUCGGGGCUGGCCGUCUCAGAGGACAGACACACAGCUUCCCAAACCACAGGAGGCACUGUGGAGAGCAGGCCCAUGGACAUCACACCAGCAUGCAACAAGAUCAGGAGUUUGUGUCUGAGCACAGAGGAAGCAUUUGAACAAGGGAAGAACCUCCCAUUCAUCAACCCGAGCUCUCUUGAGACCCUGAGGGCUUUGGUGCAGGAGAUCCAGAGCAGUGGAGAGACGGACCCUGAGAUCUGGAAGGAUUGUGAGGGCCGAUGGCUGCAUCUGUUUCAGCUGGUUGAGAAGCAAUACCAAGAGCAAAUCCUCGCUCAGCAAGAACAAUACCAGUGCCAAAUACAGUUGAUUCAGGAUGAAAUUAAGGCCCUGGUUCAGCUCCAGAACCGCCAGGCCAGCAUCCAGCCACACACAGAGUUCUCUCCAACUGCAGUGACCAAAACUACUACUGACACAAAGGACUAUAUUUUCCCCCUCAUCUCCAGUGACUGCACAGUCCCCAAAAAUGUGCCCAGUGACAAUGACAGCCUGGCAGCCCCUGCACAUACCCCUUUUAGCUCCCCUUCACCUCCACUCCACAGAUCGGAGACCGCCAACCAGGGGGAGGAGCGGGCGACCACCGUGCUCAGCAGUGGAUACGGGACUCUGUCUGCUUGGGAAACAGGCCUGGAACCUGCUGGGUCUCCAGGCGAAGAUGAGGAUGGUAGUCAAGGAAGGGAGAAGCAUCACUGGUCCUCUAACUUCCAGGAAGCCACAGAGACGACUGUGAUUGGAUGCCAGCAGGAUUUUUCCGAUGAGAGGACUCUUGGAGUGGAGGAUCUGAACCCAUUAGUCUACCAGCAGAAAAUCUCUGGCACCAGCCAGCCUUUGACCUCCUGGGCCCAGAGGCAGAAACUCAGGCCCAAGAAGAGCAAAGCAGGACAAGCUUCGUCCCAAAUCCCAGAGUACCAGGAGCUGCCACGCAGCCCCAGAGAACCCCACAGACGAAACCCCCUGGAGAGCACAGACUCCCAGGACCAGCAUCGACCGGCCGGGCCGUCGUCCAGCACUUUUCCCCUGAGGAGGAGUGACAGUCUGAUGUCUGAGGCAUCAGGCCUCACUUACUGGCGUCUGAAUGAGAGCGAGCUGUAUCGCCCGUUACCGGACAGCUUCGACAGCAGCGCUUACCUCCUGCAAGAGACGUCCAUCAGUCCGGCUCCGUCUCCGGAGCGUGGACUGUCUCUCAGAGAGAUCUAUCAGAACAAGCAGAGGACAGACAGUAGACGCUCAGACUGCGAAGGCUCUGUUACGUCCACUCCUUCGUCACCGCAGGUGUUGACCUUGGACCCGGCGGCGAACAUGCGGCCGUCUGAUCGCACCUCGGGCUUCACUUCACCUUCGCGCUUCAGCAGCCCUUCGUUUGCAGCUCAGCCCCACCUCUACCCCAGAGUCGAGACCCCCGUGACCCCUGACAGCAUGGCGGAGGGCAGUCCCAACCCUGGAGAUACAGACUGCAUCUCCGACACCUCCAGUGUUUCCGUUGCCGGACCUUCCCCGUCCAAGGUGCAGCGCUUGUGGGGAAACGCAUCCCAGGCGGCCCUGUCUACCUCCCAGGAUAAGAACCUCACAGCCAGCCAGCAGCGCAGAGCCAGUGCCCCCUUAGCCAGCGAGGAGGAGGGCAGUCACACCCACACCAGCACCCUGAAGCCUCGUUCGGCCUCUGGUGCGACUCUGCGGCCCACAGUCAGUCCGCACAUGGAGAGGGCUUCAUCACUGGAGGAUCCUGUUGUCCUUUCUCUACUGCGGCAGAACCUGAGAGAGAAACACUCUCGACAUGUGGCCGACCUGAAAGCGUAUUAUGAGUCUGAGAUCCAGAUCCUGAGAGACAAACUCAAACUCAGAGAUCUGCCCCAGGACUUAGAGAAGAGCAACCAGGCCCUCACAGACAGGUGCAAACAUCUGGAAAAAGCUCUGGCUGAAGCCACCAGCCGUAUUCAAGAACUAGAGGCAACAAACAGCUCGCUGGAGAAAAAACUGGCAGAAUGGCCGGAGCGGUACGCUGUGGCGGGUGCGACUGUGAAAUCUUUGCAGCAGCGAUUGGAAGAAAGCAAACGCUCGGGCAAAGAGAAGGACGCCCAGGCAGCACGUCUGAAGAGCCGCGUCCGGCAGCUGGAGGAGGCGGCGCAGAAAGCCUGCAGGGAGGCAGACGAGAGGGAGGCGCGGAGGGAGAGGGAGUACAGGAUGCUGCAGGAUCUGCUCGGAGAAUACGACUCUCUGAUGAAGGAGCACGAGGGAGCGAAGAACAACCUGGUGUCAGCAGAGAACAAACUGGUCGAUGCCAACGAUCAGAUAUCUGAGCUGAAGAGAGUAAUCUCCAAACUGGAGUCUCAGGUGAAGCAGCUGGAGCAUGAGAACCAGGCCAGAGCCCGUUACGCUUCCCACAGUAACACUCAACCCUCUGGAGCAGGUCUUUUCCACCAUCCCGACCUGCUGCUGUCACCCAGUAAAUGCAAAGUAGAUCCAGACGUCACCCGCAGGAAGUCGCCCUGUCCUGCGUCCGACCAGCUGAACGGCGGCAGAAAAUCCCAGUUCCCUCAAACUAACCAGUCGAGUAUGCACAAGAGGUCACUGUACACAAUAAGCGAUCAGUCGUCAGGACCUGGAAGCUCCGCGGACACCUCCUCAGCCGGUGGGAGCUGGAGGUGUGCCUCUCCUCCAGAGUGUGAGCAGUCUCUGCCUCAGACCAGACACCAGGAGCAGAGCCAGCGGGAGGCCGCUCGGAGAGACGCGUCCUGCGCCCUGACGCCCAUGAUGAGGGCCCUGAUAGAGCUGGAGGAGACCAGAGCCACCGAGAGCCGGGCCCCCUGUAAGAACAGCUCCACCACCCACAGGGUCGGCAAUCAGAGGACCACCGUGGGUUUUGUGGAGCGGAGGCACAAAGAGGUGAUUCAGGAGCGAGUCGGGCUCCAGGCAGAAAGAGAGGCGGUUAAACCUGGAGGAGCGGCGGUCGGAGCCGAGCGAGGAGAAAGAGGAGGAGGAGGAGGAGCAGCAGCAGCAGCAGCAGCAGCAGCAGGAGCGAGAAGUCACAGUGGAGCGGAAAGAGCUGCAGCUCUGCUGAGGGCCCAGAGGAGUCUGUCUCCAGAGGGCCACAGAUCCUCCUCACUGCCUCCUCCAGCACAUCGAAACAUACCCACAACUACACCCACAAAGAGAGAGACUUUACUCAUGCCUCUCUCUGCCAAGUCCAGCCCUAAACGCUGCCCCACGGAGAACUACUCCACCGCUUUCGGUCACUCGAUGCCAAGAGAGGAGCACCUGGUCAAGAGGUUUGACGAACAGGUUGACCAGAGACGUCACUCAUUCCACAGCAGCAGCCCCAGGAAGAGGCUCCAGUUCACGUCAGCAGACAGAGAAGACGACCUUCAUCAGCCGGCCUCCUCCGGCAGCGUGAACCCUCUUGAUGGAACCUCCCAGCUGGGCUGGGAGGAGCAGGGAGCCUGUAGUGGAUCUGAGCUGCAGGACUGCUUUGAGGACUCGGCCCCGCUCUUCCUGGACAAACUCCACUCUCUGGCCGAGGCUGAGAAACUGUUUGACGAGCUGACGCAGGAGAAGCUGCAGAUUGAGGCAGCUCUGAGCCGGAUGCCUGGAGCUGGCAGCAGAGUGAGUCUGCAGACCAGGUUAGAUGAGGUGGCCUUAGAGAAUCGUCUGGAGAGACUGAAUCGCGAGCUGGGAUCCAUCCGCAUGACUCUGAAGAGAUUCCACGUCCUCCGCUCCUCUGCCAACAUAUAGCAAUGUCUGUCUUUUUACAUUACAGUGUAGAUGCUACGACUUAGUGUCUUGGUUUUUAUACACAGCACUGAUUGUCCUUCAGUCUCUCUCUCUGUGCCAUAAACCCAUCUGUACAGCGACUCUCCUCGCCACCGGUUUUUAUACGUAUUCAUUAUUACUCGGGGAUAUUUUUUAUAUGUCGGAAAGAUAUUGCAAUUUUUGGAGUAUAUUUUUAGUAACACACAGAUUUGUAAAGUCGUUUACUUUUUUAGUCACUCAGAAAUAUUAAUAUGAUAUGUUUUACUCGCCAUAUUCAGGUGUAGAUUUUUAAAUCAGCUGUGUUUAAAAAGACUUUCCAGCAGAGACAUUCAUCCAUUUGGGGAAUAUCACUGCCAUUUUCUGUUCUUGUGUUGAUGGAAAUUUGGCAUAAAGUUUAUUUAUUUAAUGUUUUUAUACUUCAGAGAUUGUAAUUUCGUUGCAUUUUUUAAAAAUUUUUUUCUCUUAUUUGUAGGUUUUUACUUUUCGUUUUCAGCCAAAUCAUCGAACUUGAAGGAAAAUAUUUGUUUACUUGAAUCUAAUCGCCUUUUUUUCUUCGAUUACUUUCCGUCACUGCUCGUCACUUUUUGCUGCAUAUUUUAAAUUUGCUACAGGACUGAACCCUCCGGACUAGAGCCACUUGUAAAAUCCAAACCAGCACAGUUUUUCAGCACACACACACACACACACACAUACACACACACACACACACACACACAUUUCUCACAGUGUCAAAUCCUCGGUCGGUUGUUUCUCCUCGCGCGACGCUUGAGCACGGAGUUUCUUGCACUGCUUCCUUUUGCUGCACAGUUUUCCUACAAUGACAUGGACUUCACUGGAACUAUAAUGUUGUUGUUGCACAAUAAAUGAAGCUUUUCUUUUUAUAA